UCCGCGUACAGCCUCGAGUUUUCAUGAUGGUUUUGACACAAGAAUCCGUCCUCUUUUUUCUGAUAGCGGAAGGGGGCAAAGUGAGGAAAUCCGACUUGAUGGUGAAGUUCAAAGGUUCAUUAGACUGCGACAAUCCCGCAGAGAAAGAACGGAACAGGGAGCUUUUCAAGACUUUUGUCAACAACGUCGCCGUCGUCAAAGAAAUCGACGGCGGCCGGUAUGUUGUACUCAAGAAAAUGUAUCAACAUUUGCUGGACCGUGCCCAGACUGCGGAUAGUUCUGUGGACCAGACUGAAAAGGUCCAGGUGACAGGUGAGCAGCAGCGCCCACAUGCGCGGAGUGAGAAGACUGAAAGCCCUGGGGACGCAGGAGGGGAGAGAUUAGCUGUUUCUGAAAGUGGUCAGGAACAGGCAAGUGGUGAAAGUAGUGAAAAUCCUACGGAAUUACUUUCUCCUAUACAGCUGGCAUUGCAAAUGAGCAGCUAUACGGAUGUUAGAGUUAAAAGGAUGCUGAAUUUUGAGAUCCAAAGGCAGGACACAAAUGCAGAGAAAUGCCCAAGAAGGGGUGCAGUAAAUGAGCCCGCCAGCGUCCAGAGCAAACCAUAUGGCUUACCUCUGAGAGUGCCCCCCAGUGCCACCAGGGUCGAGAUGCGCAAACUGAAGGUGGACCCAUAUGAGCCCCCUGGCAGUCCAAAGCUAGACGCCCUCAGGAACAAGAGUAGGCCCCCUCAAGUGGAGACGGGGCGCAUCGUCAGCUCACCACAGCUGAAGAGGUCAGCGGAGAGCACCAAGGCGUCGGAGGAGCCCAAAGACACAAGGGUCGUCUCCUUGUUCCCCCUGGAGCACUCAGAGCAUGAAUGGCUGGUCAAGUGCGCCGCGGGCCACUGGAGACAGGUUUAUGGUCUGCUGCUGAGAGACAACCAGCUGGCUGAGAAGAGGGACUUCAUGUCAGGGUUCACCGCCCUGCACUGGGCAGCCAAAUGUGGAAACAUCGAUAUGCUUGUGAAAAUUAUCGACGUAUCCAAGCAAGGAGGAGUUGACGUCGACAUUAACGCAAAAACACACGGCGGAUACACGCCUUUGCACAUUGCUGCCUUGCACAACCAGGAGUACAUCAUGGCCAUGCUGGUGGGGGAGUACGGGGCCAAUCCAAGCAUCAGGGACAAUAGCGGGAAGAAGGCCCGCCACUACCUGCACAAAGGCAUUUCUAGGACGGUGAGAGAGAUGCUGGGCGAACCCAAAGCCCAGCAGGCUCAGGACAGGGCCCUGCAUGAGAAAGAGGAGCUGGAUCUGUUACCGGAUCUCUCAAAGGGCUUGCAUUCAAUAAGCCGUCUCUUCCAGCCCCACGUGACGGGCAACAAGAAGAAGCACAAGCAGAGGCCCGGAUUAUACUCCCUGAGCGACGACCCCCGUGAGGAACGAGAAGAGGGCCGCGGCGCCUUCAGACACAGAGUCGUGUCAGAUGUUUUAAUGUAAUGUAAUGUACGACUCCUUGCUUUUUAUUUAUAUAUAUUUUCAUAUUUACAUAAAAGAUGGAAUUAUUAUCAGAUAUGAUAUGCAGAGUUUGGUUGUGUGGUCAAUGGGGAAUUCUUAUUCAAGAUUUAAAUUUAUGGUGGCAUCAGGGCACAUCUUCUGGAGCUGGUUGAUUGCUUCUGAGUUACAGACAAAGAGUUUCAGUUUGAGUUUGUCACCUGUAUGAGUUUUAUCUUUCUCAUUUACAGGUUUGAAUAAAACAUGAUUCAGAAAAUGUUCCAGAAGGUCCUGUGAGUCCUCUUAUUACUCACUGUCUGUGGUCCCCUGAAGGCACCAUCUCCUCAGCCUGCCUUUCUGCAGUUCACCUUCAGGAGAGGCUUAAACUCAGAAAGGCAAACUGAGCUGAACAAUAUUACAGAAAUAAUGUUUAUUUUGUGAUGAACUUCCAGUUAUACUGAUUGUUAUGAACGUCCUGUUUUUUUUAAUUUAAGACUCUUUUUUCACCACAUGUCAGUGUCUGCACAUAACACUUAAACCAGUAAGGUUGCUGCAGGAAGAAAAAAAAGAAGAGGUGAUUAAUUUCCUUCUGUAAAGUUGAGUCAUAUAUUCACAUUCAUUGUGAUAUUGAACGGACUGCAUU